AUGGCCGAUGCCGGCUUUGUCAAAGUGGCCCAGGUAAGUGAAAUUGGUUCCGGAGACAUGAUCUCCGUGGACUUCAGCGGCGACGCCGUAUUGGUCGCCAACGUCGACGGAGUCAUCCACGCCUGCGAUGACAUUUGUUCGCACGCCUAUGCCUCCCUAUCGGAGGGCGACCUGAACGGCGCAGAGGUGGAGUGUCCCCUUCAUGGGGCCUGCUUCAACAUAACUACCGGCGAGGCCCUUACCCCUCCCGCGGAAGCCCCGAUCAAGGUCUUCAGGGUCCAGGUCGAGGGCGACGAUAUCUACGUCGCAUCACCGGGAGAGUAG